CUGUGGCUGCCGGAGGGAUGUCUCUCGCUGGGCACGCCGGGGCAGAGGGGCGCUGUCUCUCCUCGGACACUUACCUGGCCAAGCUCCUGCAGGGUCUCCAGCACCUGCGCUCCCAGAACGCCCUUUGCGACGUCACGCUGGAGGCGGGGGGCCUCUCCUUCCCGGCGCACAAGGCCGUUCUGGCUUCGGCCAGCAGCUACUGCAAGAUGCGCUUCAGCGGGGCGGGCGCGGGCCCAGACGCCCCCCUCCAGCUGGCCGGCGUCACUGCCGGGGGCCUCCGCAACGUGCUGGCUUUCGUCUACUCCAACAGGCUGGAGCUGACCCUCCGGACCGUCGAGGAGACCUUGGCGGCGGCCGAGGCGCUGUUGGUGCGCGAGGUGGUCCGGCUGUGCUUCCAGUUCCUGGAGGAGGCGUUGGACGGCCGCACCUGCCUGGAGGUCCUCCGCAUCGCCAAGAGGCUCGGCCCGGAGGAGCUGAGGCAGAAAGCCAGGCGCUGUGUCGGCCGGCACUGCGGGGAGAUCCUGGCAGAUCUCCCGCGGCUGAGGGGGCUGGACAGGGAGACUCUGUGCGAGAUCCUCGAGGGGGCGGGCGCCGAGGCCCCGAGCGAGCUGGAACUCUUCCGGGCGGCUGUCCGCUGGCUGCGCCAUGACCCCACCCGCGGGAAAGACGCGGCGGAGAUCUUGCGGCGGCUCCGGCUCCCUCUGGUUCCCUCGCAGGAGCUGCAGGAAUUCGGCCGGGAAAUGGCCCCCACGGAGAUGGAGCCCGCUUGCCGGCAGUACUUCCAGGAGGCCCUGGACUAUCACGCCCGGCUCUACGCACAGCCGGCCCUCCAGAGCGAGCGGACGCAGGUCCGUGCCGGUGCCGACACAUUGCUGGUUCUCGGCGGCCGGACGGCGGACAACGUGGUCUGUGCCGACAUUUGGGCUGCCGACCAGAGCAGCCGUUCGUGGGAGAAGCUGGGGGACCUCCCGGGCCCGCUGUACAACCACUGCGUGGCUGUGAUCCACGACUUCCUCUUUGUGAUGGGGGGCCAGGACAGGUUCGACCCCACGGGGCAAUGUCCGUCGAACAAGGUGUUCCGACUCGACCCCCGCCACGACACGUGGCUGCAGGUGGCCAGCAUGCUGGAGCGGAGGACCCGCUUCCACGCGGGCGUGCUGAACGACCGCCUCGUGGCCGUGGGGGGAGGAGCCCUGCUGGGGGCGCUCAGCGCUGCCGCCGAGGAGUACCAGCCCGCCGAGAACGAGUGGCGGCCCAUCGUGUCCUUCCCGGUGCCCGUGGCCGACCACGCCGGGGCCACCCACAAGGGGAUCUUCUACGUGUCAGGGGGCUUCACCGCCAGCAGAACCUUACGCGACGCGUACAGCUACCUCUCCCGCCUGCGUUGCUGGAUCAAGAACCGGCCGAUGACCUUUGCCCGGUGCGACCACGGGAUGGCCACGGUCGGGGACAGACUCUUCUGCGUGGGAGGAAGGGCUCUGAACCACGCGGAGGACUGGGUUCCCGUGAACGAGACGGAGGCCUACUGCCCGGCGGCCGACCAGUGGACAGUCCUCACGCCGUCUCCCUUUGACCGCUGCCAGUUCGGCCUCGCCGUGCACCAGCAGCAGCUGUACAUCACCGGAGGCGGGUCUCUGCGGCGCCGAGAGAAAGAGGACGGCGUCUUUAUCUGCAGCCCCAGCGGGAAGGCCUGGCAGAAGGUGGGCGCCCUGCCGAAAGCCCUGGUGGACCACAGCUGCUGCUCCAUCCGGCUGUCAAGGCGGAUUUUGGCCAAGCCGCAGCAGAAGCCAGUGGAGGCUCCGGCCACCGGCAAGAAGACGUCCACCCUCACCCUGUUUGUCACCAACAAGCACAAUCCUCAGCCCGCCCUCUUAGGAACGGCGGGCGAGGUGGGGUCAAAUCCUUCGGGAAGUGCUCAGCACAAGCCCUGCUGAAGUGAAUGGGGGCUGAGCAGGGUUUUCCUCUCCUUGGGCUGUUCACACGGCCGUUAAUGAGGCCAGGCCAGCUUCAGGAGCUGUGAGCACGCCCGAUUUUUGAUACCACGCGCUAGCGAAAACCGAGGAACGGGGGAGUCUGUGAGACGGGAGAUGGGACGGAUGAGGCCGCCCUGCCCAGCACUCGAACGAGGUAGGAAGAAAAGUCGCCUUGCCCAGCUGCUGUUUCUGACUCGUACUUCCCCCGUCCUAGCUAGGCCUUCGCUAGCACACAACCAAAAACGGGGAGCACACACACACACCCCGAUAACAGUCAUAUGAACAGCCCGCAUUUUUGCGUUUCCAAAUCGACUUAACCUUCCUCCCCCAAACCAGACCCAACAGACUCUAGGGCAAGGCUGCUCCACUUGGGUCCUCCUGCAUAUGUUGGCCUACAACUCCCAUAAUCCCUGGCUAUUGGCCACUGAGGCUGGGGAUGAUGGGAGCUGUAGUCCCCAAACAGCUGGAGGGCCAGAGCUGGGCAACUUCACUUCAGCUCUGGAAGGAAGUCUGGAUUCUCACUCACCGCUGAGAGCUGCCAGACCCCUGAUCCGUUGCUUUUCGGCCAGAAUCAGCUCGCAGCCAACCUGAAUUGGCAAACACACACACAUACACACAGUGUUAGGUUUCCAGACAGACAAAGAGAAUCCGAAAGCCACUUCUCAGUUUUAUCCGCCUAGGAACAUAGGAAGCUGCUUCCUACUGAGUCCGGCCCUUGGUCCAUCUCACUCAGUACUGUCUUCACUGACUGGCAGUGACUCUCCGAGGUUUUCAAACUGCUUGAACUACGCUCCCAGCCCUGCCUGAAGAUGCUGCCACGGACUGAACUGGGGACCUCCUGUGUGCCAAGCGACGGCCCCCUCCCUCUGCCGAAUGGAUGUUUCUGAUCUCAACAGCACUCACCUUCACAGGGUUUGCUGGAA